AUGACAUUUAUCUACAAGUCGCUCUGGCACGUCGUCCAGUAUUAUAUCAUUCCGGUAUUGUCUUCCCAUGGACCUGCAUGCACCUUGGACGCUUCAGAUCAGACGGGUAUAACCUGGAAUGGGGAUAUCAUGGCUGGAGCAGUAUUAACCCUUCACGUAGAGAAGGAAUUUCCCCAAUUAACCUUUACACAAAGGCCGGGCCAAGUCAUCUGUAGGAAUCUUCCUUUAGAAAAAUAUCUUCAGCUACAGACUAUCAAAUUUGCCAUGGAAGAGAUAAAUAGCAACCCUUCCCUGCUCCCCAAUGUGAGCCUUGGCUUCCAGAUAUAUGACUCCUGCCGGGUGCUGCAGAAGGAGUUAGAAGGUAGCUUAUGGAUGAUAACUGGGCUGAAAAAAGCCAUACCCAACUUCCAGUGCCAAAAGAGGAAGCCGCUGGCUGCCAUCAUCGGCUACACUACCUCUACAUUCUCUAUGCUGAUGGCUCAUAUUUUAAGGGUGAUCAAGAUUCCGCAAAUUAGUCAUGUAUCCACCAGUUCCCUUCUCAGUGACCGGACUCAGUUUCCAUUCUCCCUCCGCACUGCUCCCAGCGAUGCCUAUCAGUCUAAAGGACUAGCACAUUUGGUGCUGCAUUUCGGAUGGACCUAUGUAGGAAUGAUUGCCGAUUCUAAUGACUAUGGCUACCAAGGAAUUCAGGGGGUGAGGCAGGAACUAAUCAAAUUGGGAGCCUGUGUGGCAUUUAUAGAGUAUAUCCAAAACAGUCGGCCGGACAAAAACAUUCCACGCAUCAUCCAGACUAUCAAGAAUUCCAGAGCUAAUGCUAUAGUUACAUUUGUUUCAGAUGUUGAUCUCAUUCCUCUGCUUGAGGAGCUUUUGCUUCACAAUGUUACCAAGAAGACUUGGGUGGCCAGUGAAGGUUGGGCAACUUCGACCAUGUUGUCCUCUGAGAAAUACUCAACACAUCUCACUGGAACAAUGGGAUUCGCUUAUUACAGUGAACACAUACCAGGCUUCCGUGAUUUCAUUGAAAACAUCCGGUUCUCCGAGUUAUCACAACUGUGGGACUUGAUGUUCUGGGAGGAAAAGGCUGGCUGCACUUUUUUAGAUUACAAAAACAUAACCUUCACCCGGGAAAGGCCUGCAAGAAAUUGCACCCAUAAUGAUAUCAUUGAAAAUGUUCGGAUAAGCUUGGGUGAUGUCACCAGCUUACGUCUCUUUUAUAACCUCUACAGUGCUGUAUAUGUGAUUGCCAAAGGCUUGCAUGACUUGCAUGUCUGCCAAAAUGGCAGUGGACCUUUUUUGAAUGGCAGCUGCUCAGACAUUUGGAAUGUGAAGCCAUGGCAAGUGUUCCACUACAUGAAGAAUGUUAGACUGAAGCUGAUCAGUGGAAGGGAUUUGUUCCUAGAUGAACACGGAGAUCCUCCUCCUGUCUACGAUAUUGUAAACUGGCAAAAAGACUUAAAUGGUAUAAUAAGACAGGUCAAGGUGGGAACAUACAAUAGCAUCGCUGCAUACUCGGACGCUCUAAUUAUUAACAUGAGUUUUGUACAAUGGGCUUCUGGUAAUCAGCAGGUUCCAUGCUCAAUCUGCCAUGUAAGUUGUCUUCCGGGUCACAGAAAAGCCUCUAUCACAGGUGAACCAAACUGCUGCUAUGAAUGUGUACCUUGCUCUCAAGGAGAAAUCUCAAAUGAAACCGACUCUACAGUUUGCUUUAGCUGCCCAUGGAACAAAUGGCCAAGCGAAGGAAAGGACACAUGCCUACCUAAACCUGUUGAAUAUCUUUCGUACGAGGAGACUUUAGGUGUCACCUUGGCAUCAACAAGCAUUUCUUCUUCCUUUGUUCCAUUUGCCAUUUUGAGUCUUCUGCUUUACUAUAAGGUUACCCCAAUUGUCCGUGCCAACAAUUACCCCAUAAGUUGUCUUCUUCUAGUCUGCCUUUUCCUUUGCUUUUUGUGCUCUUUGGCAUUUAUUGGUUAUCCUCAACGUGAAAAGUGCCUGUUACGUCAAGUUAUUUUUGGGAUAGCGUUUACCUUAUGUAUCUCAUGCAUAUUAGCUAAAACGAUCAUGGUGAUGACAGCCUUUAGGGCUACUAAGCCAAACAGUGAUUUGAGAAGGUGGGCCAGUCCCUAUGUAUCAUACCUAGUCAUCAGUCUAAGCACAUGUGUUCAAUUUAUGAUCUGUAUUCUUUGGUUACACAUCUCCCCUCCUUUUCCUGAAUACAACUCUAAAACCAAAACGGGGGUUCUGGUUCUUGAAUGCAAUGAGGGUUCACCAACAGCCUUUUGGCUUACUUUGGGUUAUCUCAGUCUCUUGGCUCUGAUCAGUUUUUUUGUCGCAUUCAUAGCCAGACAACUUCCUGACAGAUUCAACGAGGCCAAAUUCAUCACCUUCAGCAUGUUGGCCUUCCUCAGUGUCUGGCUUUCCUUUAUCCCAGCUCACCUCUCCACCAGUGGAAAGUACACAGUGGCCAUGGAGAUUUUUGCUAUCCUGUCUUCUACCUGGGUCAUGCUUGGCUGUAUGUUUGUUCCUAAAUGUUACAUCAUCUUGUUCCGUCCCUGUGUGAACUCAAGAAAGCAUCUCCUGGCGAAGAAAUAG